CCCCCUGCACUCCCAAGUCAUGAUCCCUUGGGUCCUCCUGCUCCUGUGGAUCUCCGGACAUGGAGCUGAGGCCAUGUUUUCCCAGCAGCCACAGGACCUGGUGGUUGUUGCAGGCCAGCCUGUGACGUUACCAUGCACAAUUCCCGGUUACCAUGGCGUUGUACUGUGGAUCAAGGAUGGCCUGGCGCUGGGAGUGGGCAGAGACCUCGCUGGCUAUCCUCGUUACACAGUGAUUGGCGACCACGGUUCAGGAGAGCAUCAUUUGCGAAUUCAGCGUGUCGAGCUGAUGGAUGAUGCUGUGUUCGAGUGCCAGGCCGUCCAGGCCGCUAUGAGGUCCGGUCCUGCCCGCCUCACUGUGCUGGUUCCCCCAGAAGACCCAAUCAUCAGUGGAGGGCCCGUGGUGAGUCUCCGGGCUGGGGACCCGCUCAAUCUGACCUGCCACGCUGACAACGCCAAGCCAGCAGCUUCAAUCAUCUGGAUCCGCAAUGGAGAGGUUCUAAAUGGGGCCAUGUACUCCAAGACCUUGCUGCGGGAUGGCAGGAGAGAGAGCACCGUGAGCACCCUCUACCUCUCACCUUCCAACAUCGAGACAGGUCAGCAGAUCAUCUGCAAGGCGUCCAACAAGGCGGUCCCCAACGGCAAGGAGGCCAGUGUCACCAUCGACAUCCAGCAUCUUCCACUUGUCAAUCUCUCCGUGGAGCCUCAGCCCGUUCUGGAGGGGAAUCUUGUGAAAUUCCACUGCUCUGCAAAGGCCAACCCCCCUGUUACACUCUACAGGUGGGCCAAAGGAGGAAGUGUAAUCAAGGAAGUCUCCGGAGACACAUAUGAGGUUAUUGUGGACCAUUCAUUCUUCACAGAGCCCGUUUCCUGUGAAGUCACCAAUCCUCUCGGCAGCACAAACAUCAGCCGCAAUGUCGACGUCUACUUUGGUCCUCGAAUGGCCGCAGAGCCUCAGUCGUUGCAGGUGGACCUCGGAUCUGACGCUGUGUUCAACUGUGCCUGGACAGGAAACCCCUCUCUUACCAUUGUGUGGAUGAAGAGAGGGUCUGGAGUUGUGCUUAGCAACGAGAACCUCCUGACGCUGAAAUCCGUGAGACAGGAGGACGCGGGGAAAUAUGUGUGCCGCGCCGUGGUCCCGCGCGUUGGAGCCGGGGAGAAGGAAGUUUCUCUCACAGUCAAUGGGCCGCCCACUAUCUCCAGUACUCAGACUCAGCAAGCUCUACACGGAGAAAAAGGGCAAAUCAAAUGUUUCAUUCGAAGUACACCUCCACCAGAUCGGAUUGCCUGGUCAUGGAAGGAAACUGUGCUGGAGUCUGGAACAUCUGGACGCUACACUGUGGAGACGGUCACCACGGAGGAAGGAGUCAUCUCUACGCUGACCAUGAGCAACAUCGUCCCGGCUGACUUUCAGACCAUCUACAACUGCACUGCGUGGAACAGCUUUGGCUCUGACACUGAGAUCAUACGCCUUAAGGAACAAGGUGGGAGCCAAGAAUCACUCCCCGUGGCAGUGAUCAUCGGCAUCGCUGUGGGAGCAUUUGUAGCCUUCAUUGUCCUCAUGGGCACUAUCGGCGCGUUCUGUUGCACCCGAUCCCAAAGAAAGGAAGCGCACCUGGUUAUGCCCUCACUGCCCGUCUCCAUCUGUGCUCACCAGAGAGAACUUGCAAGCAAAAUUAAGACAGAAAAUCUGAAAGGAGUGGUGUCGGCGAAAAAUGACAUCCGUGUGGAGAUUGUGCACAAAGACCACAAUGCGGCGCGUGAGAACGAAGAACACCAAUCGAUGAAACAGCUGAUGGUUGAGCGAGGAGAAUUCCAGCAGGAAUCUGUUCUGAAGCAGCUGGAGGUAUUACAAGAGGAAGAGAAGGAGUAUCAGCACAUUAAGGACCCUACAAAUGGCUACUAUAGUGUCAAUACCUUUAAGGAGCACCACACACCCACCAUGGCCGUGACUCAGUCUGCUGAGGUGAGGAACCCCACCAACACAGCAACCCUGGGCAAGCAGCGGGUGCCCACGGGCAUGUCCUUCACCAACAUCUACUCAACUCUGGGAGCCGGUCCCAACCGCCUGUACGACUACAGCCAGCGCUUUGUGCUGGGCAUGGGCAGCAGCUCCAUCGAGCUGUGCGAGCGGGAGUUCCAGCGCGGCUCGCUCAGCGACUCCAGCUCGUUCAUUGACACGCAGUGCGACAGCAGCGUCAGCAGCUACAGUAAGCCGGACGGCUACGUGCAGUUCGACAAAGACAGCAAGGCGUCGGCCUCCUCCUCGUCCCACUACUCCCAGUCCUCCUCGCAGAACUCAGAUCUCACCCGGCCACUCCAGAAGCGCAUGCAGACCCACGUCUGACCACCAGGGGAGGAAGGGAGUGUGAACCGGUGUGACAAACAGCCAGGAUUGUAAAACUGUGACUGAAUUGGCCCCUUAAGUUACAAUGCAACUGGACACCUGGAGAUGCAUAUGGGCUGGAUGGCUUUAAGACACUCUCUGACUUGUUGAAAUCCUUAAAAAGCGGAUCAAGAAGCCUUAUAUUUUCCCCUCAUGCUUAACCUAUACACCACCUCCUUCUUUGACCUACAAGCAGAAUUGUGCCAUGGAAAGGUUAUUUUGCCAACACAGACAACACCACAAGUUCAGAAAUUGAAGCAUUCACUACUUUGUGUUCUGCAGUAUUGACCGCAGGGGGCAGGCCAUUAAAAAGGCUUUUGUGUGACAAUCAGUUCCCCUGGCAAAGACCAUUUUUUUGCCUUUUGAAGAUUGUCAUUGAUAAAAACUCAGCACGAUGGACACGAUAAUGAGUGCAAGCCAAUGUCCUGCUGCUCUCUUGUAGUUUGAAGCACAAAAAUGAAUGUGCAUGUGUUUUUAUUUUAAUUUUUUAUUAUUAGUUGUUAAAGGGAUUACCCCUCCUCUCUCCUACAACCUUCCCCCCUCGAACACUUUAUGUUAAGCUUUCUUGUUGAAACUGGUCUCCCGUGUAGGUGGAAAAGAAACUUUCUCCAUGUGCCCCCGCAGACGCCUCGAACAUUCAAAAAGGCUGUGUUUUUUUCUCCACAGUCAAAUCUGGGCCACAGAGGCGGGCAGAUGAAGAUGGGCUGAGAUCUCAUUUUAAAAUCCCUGAGUCAUUUAUUUUUACUGUGACACUCUGCGAUAAGGAACGUCAGUGUACAUAUGUGACUGUAAUUUCUUUUUCUAGCAUCUAAUUUCUCUGUUUUCCCUCCUGGAGGACUGUAAAUGAGACAUUUGUGUCCUUAUCUUCUUUGCCUUGAGGGUGUGUUUGAACUGUGUCAAUACAAACUUUGACUAAGCCAGAUAGACGUGCACUCUCAGCUCUUGUGUUUGAUGGGGAGCUGGAUCCUCCGUAGUGUUCCCCGCACACCAAACCCAGCUCUUGAGUGAUGCAGCAGAAAGCCCACAGACUGCAACACGUGUUGCACUUGUGAGUUUCUCCUGCAGGUCGUCAGCCAUUAUACUUGAGGGUCCCCAUUCAAGGAAAUGUCAACAUUAUAUUUUAGCUGAGCUUCCUAUUAUGUGGUUUUUCCCCAUUGCUAUGGCCAAUAUCAUUGUUGACACAGGAGCUUGGUGCGACCUGACUGCCGGUCAUCAAGAGACAUGAAAAGCAAAUUUAGAAAAUGUGUUUUGUUUUGCUAUCUGCGGCUCAUUUUUGGCUACUGUGGAGCUAAUGUUGACACCCUGACUCUUUGAAGUGCAUUGUUUUAGUACUUUUUUUAAAUUUUCUGUACUCUAUGUGACAUAUGAUUUUGGAUUUGUUAUUUAAUCACUGCAUUUGUUUUUAGUUGAGAGUAGAGACAGAGAGUAGUGAUUUAACAUGCAGCCACACAACACUUAAUACCUAACGUCAAAGUUCAGAGCCUGUUGUCAAAGAGUGUUGUCGUCAUGCUUUGGGCAUGUGUUGUCGCAGAACAAACUUUUUAGCUAGGGUUCUGAUUUUUUGCGUCAAAGAACACUCGGGAUCGCAAUGCAGAUCGGUGCAUAAGGCAGAUAAUAUAAGAUAACUGGGCAAAAAUACUUUAUAAUACUGUGUAUCCCCUACCUGUUGGCUCUGACACACCUCAAGAUGCCAAGUUUGAUCAGGACCUUAAAGUAUGAUUUUAACACAACCAAGUUCGUUUUGUACGAGCAGGCUUUUAGUGACUGGAGGGCAACCUUUACAGUAAACAAAGAUCAUUUAUGUAACAGCAACAUUUACACAAUAGGCUACAUUAUAUGAUAUUUGAUGGAAGCUAUCAACAGCCUCAAAUGUCCGCGCUCAAGGUCUGCUCCACCCAUGCUUUAUCGCAUCAAUUUGGUUACUAACAUUCCAUUUUUUUAAACAUUUUUUUGAAGGAUAAAGAAAAAAUCCUGGAAAAUAAAAGCUUAGUUUGUUGUAGAGCCACACUGGAAGCGCUUGUUCACAAUGUCAAAGUCGAUUUUUUUCGUAUUGGUCAGAUGAAACAAAAAAACACGAGUUAAAGGUUUAUUAGGUUUCAAUAUGUCUUACUGAACUUGAUAUUUUGACAGUAUCCUCCAUUGCAGAGUAGUCAAUUGGUAUGAAGUGAACUUGAAACUAUGAAAUCUGCCUCUCAACCUCGUGAAAAAAAUCAAGCACGGCAUUUUCCAACAAAGGCAAGUUGUUGUUUUUUGCACUUUACAUAUGAGUAUAUUCAAAGCAUUUGAAUGGGGUUUUCCACUUGAGUGGCAGUGGUUUGGACUGUAAUUUUACAAAAUGGAUUGGCGCCCAUUGUACAGCUUAAGACAAAAAGCUCUGUUUCAACGCUGAUAAUCCAGCUUGGCACUUAGUAGACUGUAUAUAAAUCUCUAAUGCUGUCUUUCUCUGUAUAUAAUUUGUCCUGGCUUUUCCUUCUUCUUCUCCGUCACAUUUCACUGUAUUAGAGCUCAACAAAUCCAUGUGGCAUCAAAACUGCAAGACAGACAAUCAUUUUCUCUUUGUUUCCCUUCCAAAAAAAAAAUUUCAUCAACCUCACUUGUUUCUCACAAAUUACAUGAAAGGCUUGUGUGAGCAGUUUCUCCUCGCGCAGAUCUCACAGGGAACACUCAGGCUCUGUACGGCGAGCACACAGGGGGCUAUAGGAUGAGAACUGAGCUUAGCUGGGACAGCUUUGAAGUGAGAUGCAGUAAGAGGUUAUUAUACCUUCAGAACCUUCUGACAGAUGCCCAGCAAUAUAUUGCAUUUGGCACCGGGAAGACUGUCAAGUAUGACUUUUUUAAAUGUAUUUUCGCUAGCAUGUUUGAGUGCAGGAUGACAUUUUUUCACCGUAAUAUCAGCAGCAGCAGCCAAUUACAGAGUGAAUUACAGUAUUUUUUUAUUUUGCAUAUAUUAUGCAUCAUUUUACAUGCAAAGCCUCAGAAGUCAAACAACUCUCCAUUCAAGAUUCUUAUUAACGCCUACAUUUAGCAUGCCUCUUAAACAAAACAAAUUUGCUUUCUUGUCCAAAUGGUCCAUUUUUACUUUUUUUUAUGGCGCUCCUGCACUGAUCCAAGCAUAAUGCAUUUCCCCUGUGCACAGCACACAGCAAACAGAUAAAUAUAUGAUAGGCCAGCCUUCUGUCCCCCCCCCUCAUGGCAGCAGCCACAGUGGGCAUGAGAGUACCACAGGAAGCGAGAGCCAUGUCAGUCUUUGGGAAUCAAAGCCCAUGAGAGGGCAAAGUCUGGCCCCGUGUGCACCUGCGGACGCCUCUCCGGCUGGUGCUGGCGGGGUUCUGUUUGCCUGCACGGCACAGAUGCCAGGGCAUGACAGAUGAAUCAACACAGAGAACCCAGAACAAUUACAAGAGGUUGCUGCCCUUUCCCUAAUAGAACAAAGAAACCCUCUUAGAGUGGAGGAUGCUGGGUAGUUUAUUAUUCAGAGAAUGCUAAAGACUAGCCUGUAAAACAGUGGGCAGUUGUGAAGUCAGAGGCAGAGGUUAUGAGCAGGGUGAAAUGAAGACUGGCUGGAAAGCGUCUGUUAUGACUUCUCUGCCCGCUGGCCAUAUUAUAUUUAUUUCUGCUCAAAAUGUUGUUGUUUUUUCUUGGUCUAAAUAAACUGGGGGAAAAAAUGGAUGAAUAAUGGCUGAGCAAUAGUGUUGCAAAUAUCCUGCCUAUGCCUGCAAAAGGGUGGUUUACAUGAGGCUAUUCAAAGUCUCCCUCUUUGUAUGAUAGCUGUUUAGGUCAGCGGUGGAAUGCAUUAGGUUGGGUGCCAUAUGAAAAUCCAAUUGAUCAUAAUCAAAAUAACCCUUUCUCUACUGUGUAAAUGCUUUCCGUCACGCUGUUCCUCUCUCUUUCUCUCUCACUCCUUUUUUUCUUUUCUACCAAUCAAUACCUUGUUAGUACUUUAAUAAGAAACAACGGAAAAGGAAAGAGGCCUGGAAUAAAUUGUAUUUGCAAAUAAACCUCAGAGUUUGCUUUAGCCUGCAGGGCACUCUGAGAACUCAUGCAGUUUAGUUUGCAGCGUAUAGUGUACGAUAAGUCACAGAGAAUUGAAAGAAACACAGAAAGGCAUUUGAAAGUCAAAUGAGUACGCUUCUCUGUGAUUGGUUGACUUAGUUUUGUAAUCCAAAUAAUGCAAACUAGUUUUGCAAAUACUACACAAGCCAGGUCUGAAAAAGUACUUCAAUAAGAUGGUCAUUACAAGAGUUUGUAUUAAUAGUAAACCAUACUGUAAGCAUAAUUGUAAUAAAAAGACAACAUGUAAAUUCUACUGGGUGAACCGUUAUUUUCAGGCAGUGGCCCUCCUGUAUCUAAGAAAAAAAAAAAGAGAAAUGGUUGUAUUUUAACUGUACUGGUCUGUGAAUCUAUGAUGCUUUUGCUCUGUAUAUUUGGAGAAUAAAAAAUGAUGUUUGA